UAAAACAAAACUGGCCAUUCUUUAAAUCGUAACGUCGGUCAUGGUACACCACUAGGAAGUCACGUGACCAGCUUGCGUUUGAGAGCGCAUUCACAGCUGCUUGUAAAUAGAGGCUGUAAAUAUAACUAUAGUGAGUAAAGAUGAGUUUGGGAGCGCGCGCCACCAAGGGUGGUGCGAGGGCGGGCAAGGACGGCAAGCACGCACAGGACAAAGGCAAGCCCACAGACAAGCCCCAGCCCAAGGAGAAGGUCAAGUUACAGGCCACCACAGAACAAAUUCGCAUGGCAAAUAUGAUCGAUUGCAAAAGCGAAGAUACAACUGAUGUUCGCAGAAUGGUGACCGUCCUGAUGGAGAUGACAUGUCGCACAGAGGAGGAGGUGUGCUCCGCGCUGCACGACUCCGACAACGACAUGCUUGUUGCCUGCAACUUGUUGCUGGAGGAGAGCGAGCGGAUACAGGGCGAGUGGCAGACUAACGAGAAGAAAAAGAAGAAGCCCCCCGCCGCAGCUGGGAACGGAGAAGUGGAGCCUCCUCGAGACGGGCGAGAGCGAGAUGCGCGCAGCAGAUCUGGACCCAGACCACGUCGCGGCGAGGGUAUGGGCGAGGGUGGUCGCGGGUCAGGUCGCGGCGGGGGUGCAGGUCGCGGGCGGGGCGGGGCGCGAGGUGGUCGCGGUGCGGGACGCGGAGGUCGCAGAGGUGGUACCCGCACACGCCCCUCACGUGACACGCACUGGAAUGACAACAACGAUGCCGGUGGCAACAUUGGUGAUACAUUCCCUGCCACAGAAGACUGGGACAAUGAGGAGUGGUCUGGCUCACUCUCAGAUACCAAGGUGUUCACUCCGAGUGUGAACGUACAGAACUUGGUCCCUGAGCUCGACACCGCCUCGCAGAAUGCCACGGAGGACUGGGAGUGUCCGCCUGAGAGUAACGGCCCCACGGAUGCGCAUGUCACCUCCUAUACGUACCACAACACUGCGCAGGCGCACCACCAUCAGUCCAUGCUAGAGCAACAACAGCAGCAGCAGCAGCAGGUGCUGAGUGCGCCCAAACCGGAGCCAGCAGCGGCUCCUGCACCCUCAGACCCACAUCUCACACAUCAUCAUCAGCAGCCGAUGGGUAUGUCGGGUAGUCUGAGCGCGGCGCAGUCUCAGUACCUCUCCCAGCUCACGCAGCAGUCGCAGCGACAUGAUAACAGUGUAUACACCAGUAACUACGGUGUGUACGGUUCUGCAGAUAUAACCAGCCAGCGUAAGACCCAACGUGCCAGGGUACCGCCGCCAUCGAAGAUACCUUCAUCUGCGGUGGAAAUGCCAGGCGGUGGUGAAUCGAGCGGCGCAAUGUUCCUCGACGUUCAAUUCGGAGCCCUGGAGCCGGAUACACUGCACGAUACUGCGCCAGCGCAGCCCCAGCACCAAGUGCCCGCGCAGCAUCAGGUGCCGUCCCAGCACCAAGUCCAGCAGCAUCAGAACCAGCACCAAGUGCAGUCACAGCACCAGGUGCCGUCUCAGCAUCAAGUUCAGUCGCCGCAUCAAGUGCAAUCCCAGCAUACGGUGUCAUCGCAGCACCAAGUGCAGUCGCCGCACCAGGUUCAGUCGCAGCACCAGGUUCAGUCGCAGCUUCAGGUGCAGUCAACGCACCAGGUGCAAUCAACUCACCAGGUGCAGUCACAGCACCAAGUACAGACUCAGCACCAGGCGCAACAUGCUCCUCAGGCUCAUUCCCAGCCACCUAAGCAGGUACCGUCAGUGGCGGAGUCUCAGCCGGUAGUGACGAGCCAUGAGAACGCAGUUGAUGUUCCCAGCAGUAACUACCACAGCACUAACACAAUGCUAAGUGACAGCUUAUCGGCGGUAGACACGACGGCGACAAGUCAACCUGUCACGUCAGAGCCCGCAGUAACAAACGCCACAUCACUAGAGAAGCAGCUGUCAGCGUCAAUGAAGCAGAUGUCAGUGUCGGGAGUGUCAGGUGCGGGUGCGGGUGCGGGUGCGGGCGGGGAGGUGGCCGCCAGCGCUGCGCCUGCGCCUGCGCUGCAUGCCCCCCAGCACUACGCACACCACAGACCAAAGACAGUUGGCCAACAGAAUAUGUACCCACACCACGCGGUGUCGCACCAUCCACCAGUGUACGGAGCCAAUGUGUACGCGCCACAGGUGAACUCAUCGAAUGCUGCGUCACUAACUGGCGCCUCUGCAAUGACUGCUGCUGCCUACCCCUCCAGUGUCACGCUGACGCAGUACCAGCCCAUCAUGAACUCUUAUCAGACGUCAUCAUCAGCGGGUGCGUACGGAGGUAGCGCGUUGUAUACAGCAUCGCCUUACACCGCGUACCAACCAUCGCCUCAGCCAAAACCACAGCCUAAAGAGCAACCACAGUAUGACAGUUCAGUAGCGUCGAGUAACAGUUUAACGAGUACAUCAACUACGCAGACGUCGACUGCUAAAGUUACCACCACAACAGUGAGCGGAGGUAACGCGGUGAGCAACGCGAGUGCGGCAGGUUUGGGAGCGGGCGCAGGCGCGGCGGUGUACGCGGGCGGAGCCCUGUACGGCGCGGCUGGAGCACCCGCGGCAUACACAUACGAUGACCAGCUGAUGCGUGGUGCACUGCCUCAUCAUAUGGGUGGAUAUUACGAGACUGGAUACGUUGCACGAGAAGGUACCUUCGGUCUUGGUGGUGGUGAGAGGUUCGGAAGAACAGACGCCGCGUCACCGCAACAGGUGCCGGCUGCAUUACCACCUGGCUACGCCUACAUCUACCAAGCACCUCCCACUACAUACCAAUAUGGAGUCUACCCCACGUACGGGGGCAACUCCAGCGUGGGCGGUGUUGGGGGAGUGGGGGGCGUGGGGGGAGUGGGCGUGUCCGGCGGCGGCAAGGUGUCCGCCUACUCGCAGCAGCAGCAGCCCCCGUAUGACGCACAGGACUCAUACAAACCAGGUGGAGCAUACUCUGGCAGCUCGGGUAAGGCUGGGGGAGGUGCCGCGGACCUCGGCAAUGUGAUGUACAACAAGACGCAUGUCGCUCUCAACAAGGUCAAUAGCUACGAGAAGGCGGCGUUCCACAGCGGCACGCCCCCGCCUUUCGGUGCCGGCAGCCAUCUCUACAUCCCCGCACCGCCGCACCACCACCCGCACCACCACGCGCCGCAGCAGCACCAGAUGGAUGUUCGGGUGAACAAUAGGCGGCAGGAGAGCGGCGCCGGGGGCGGACGUAGUGCGGCCUCAAAGCCGGCCUCCAGCAAGCCCAACUACUCGCAGUCCUACUGGGCGCCCAAUUAGCCCUACACGGCGCACUACCUCCAAGUCGUCAGACACGUGUACAUAGAGCAGGGCGCGCCCCCCCUCGCGCAGCCCCGCACCUCCCCGCCCCUCCCACAGCCCCACACCACGCCCCCGC